AUGUCAGGAUUCAAUCAUUAUGGUCAUAAUAGAUCCAGCCAGGGCACAUCAAACAAUAGUCGGCAAAUCCCUAAAAAUUGGAUGAAUUGUCCUUCUAUAUCUACUUUGUCGGUAGCCGAUUCAUUUGUGGUGUUUAAAACACCAUUAGAUUAUAAAUAUGACAAUAAAAUAGAUAUCAUGAGGAGAUUCAAUCCACAAUCGGUAUUUAGUCAUAUGUGUUCAUAUCAGCAAAGUAUUGGGUUAUGGAUUGAUCUCACAAACACUGAUCGCUACUACAGUCAAUUUGAAGUAGAAGAUAUGGGAUGUGCUUAUGUAAAAUUGGCUUGUGUUGGUCAUGGGGAUUUGCCUAACCGACAAAUAGUUGAUUAUUUUUUAAAUAUUUGCUAUAAUUUUCUAGAAAACAAUUUUUCACAGUUCAUAGGUGUUCAUUGCACUCAUGGUUUUAACCGGACAGGAUUUUUGAUAGUUUCUUAUUUAAUAGAAGUGUUAAAUUAUGAUGUGGGAAGUGCAAUACAUCAUUUUGCAGCAGCUAGACCUCCUGGUAUCUACAGACAAAAUUAUAUAGACGAGCUUUACAGACGGUAUUCAAAUGAAGCACCUAUUAUGGCUCCGAAACCUCAUUGGAUUCAUUAG